CAUCACUCGAUUCCCGCGGUUGUGGCGUUUGGAUUGACACGGGCUGGUGACACCCGGGCUUCUGGCGGGGCUGCGCUCCGCGGACGUGGAUACCGACGGUCCCACCCGAUGGACUCUCUCCUCUGCUGGGGCUCCGGCGUUCCCAUCCUUUUUCAUGCGCUCGGAUUUUAAUUUAAUUUUUUGGGGGAGAGGGGAGCAUUAGCUUCUCGCGUAUACGCGGGCAGCGUAUGAUUGCUACAUAUAUAUAUAUAUAUGUAUAUAUAUAUAUAUACACAUAUAUAUAAUAUGACAAGAUUUGGCAAAGUUUGCCAAGGUCGCUGCUUGUCCCCGCACAGUGCCAGCACGCCCAGGUGGGCGGCUGAGGAACAGCCCGGCUCCCGGCUGAAGCCGCCGGGCGCUCGGUGCCCCUUCCCACGGGGACGCGGGAUAGGGAUGGCGCUACGGUCCCGGGAGGGAAGGAGCUCCAUGCCCCGUGUGAGCGGCGGCGGCAGGGAGCUGAGCUGAGCCCAGCCGAGCCGGGCGGCCGGGCUGCCGCAGCCCCACCGGGGGAGCGGGGAGGGUGGUCCGGGGGCUGACAACCGACCCCUCGGCACCAGCCUCCGCGAUGCCGCUCAGCGCCGGCUUCUCCAGCAAGAACUACGACUACGAUUACGACUCUGUGCAGCCCUACUUCUACUUCGAGGAGGAGGAAGAGAACUUCUACCUGGCGGCGCAGCAGCGGGGCAGUGAGCUGCAGCCCCCCGCCCCGUCCGAGGACAUAUGGAAGAAGUUUGAGCUGCUGCCCACGCCGCCCCUCUCCCCCAGCCGCCGCUCCAGCCUGGCCGCCGCCUCCUGCUUCCCCUCCACCGCUGACCAGCUGGAGAUUGUGACCGAGCUCCUCGGGGGGGACAUGGUCAACCAGAGCUUCAUAUGCGACCCCGACGACGAGACCGUCAAGUCCAUCAUCAUCCAGGACUGCAUGUGGAGCGGCUUCUCCGCCGCCGCCAAGCUGGAGAAGGUGGUCUCGGAGAAGCUGGCGUCCUACCAGGCAGCCCGCCGAGAGGGGGGCCCUGCCGCCCGCCCCGGACCGCCGCCCGCCGCGCCGCCAGCACCGCCACCCGGGCUGGCCGCGUCCCCCGCCGCCUCCGCCAGCCUCUACCUGCACGACCUGGGCGCCGCCGCCGCCGACUGCAUCGACCCCUCGGUGGUGUUUCCCUACCCGCUGAGCGAGCGGGCCCCGCGGGCCGCGCCGCCCGGCGCCAGCCCCGCGUCCCUGCUGGGCGACGACACGCCGCCCACGACCAGCAGCGACUCGGAAGAAGAACAAGAGGAAGAUGAGGAAAUCGAUGUUGUUACAUUAGCUGAAGCAAAUGAAUAUGAAUCCAGCACAGAGUCCAGCAGCACAGAGACGUCAGAAGAGCACAGUAAGCCCCACCAAAGCCCGCUGGUUCUCAAACGGUGUCAUGUCAACAUCCAUCAGCACAAUUAUGCCGCUCCUCCCUCCACCAAGGUUGAAUAUCCAGCUGCAAAAAGGCUAAGGUUGGACAGUGGCAGAGUUCUCAAACAGAUCAGCAACAACCGAAAAUGCUCCAGUCCGCGCACGUCAGAUUCGGAAGAGAACGACAAGAGGCGAACACACAACGUCUUGGAGCGCCAGAGGAGAAAUGAGCUGAAGUUGAGUUUCUUUGCCUUGCGUGACGAGAUACCCGAGGUGGCCAACAAUGAAAAGGCUCCCAAGGUUGUCAUCCUGAAAAAAGCGACAGAGUACGUUCUUUCCAUCCAGUCGGAGGAACACAGACUGAUUGCAGAGAAAGAGCAGUUGAGGCGGAGGAGAGAACAGUUGAAACACAAACUUGAGCAGCUAAGGAACUGUUGUGCAUAGGAACUCUUGAGCAUCACUUAGAAUAAUGCAAACUAGACAAACUAUGAUAAAAUAUUAAUGAUUCUAAUAUCUCUCAUGAACUACGCGGUCCAUCGAGUAUGGAACUAUUGCAACUGCAUGCCGUGCGAUUUAACUUGAGACUACACAACCUUGGCUGAAUCUCCCAGGGGUUUGGCCAGAACCUCAAAACUGCCUCAUAAUUGAUACUUUGGACAUAAGGGAUGAUGGGACAUUGUUCAUGCUUGGGGAUGAACUCUUCAAUUUUUUUUUUCUUUUAAAAUUUUGUAUUUAAGGCAUUUUUUCAUACAAAAAUCCAAAAGAAAAAAGUUGUCCCCAGUUUGCUGUAUAUAUUUACACAUCAUAUUGCCAUGUAAAUACCUUUAAUAAAGCCUUUAUAGAAAAAUGUGCAACAUUAAUACGCAACAGUUGUGGCAACUGGAUUUAUACUUGUCUUGAACUUCUGUGCCAUAACAUUUCACAAUUUUGUUUUUUAUUUAAGUACUUUUUUCCUUUUCAAAAUGAUUUUUAUUUUGUUUUUAGAUAAAUAAAUAUUUGCCCAAAAUAUAA